AUGUUCCGGUUGCAAUUCUUUCUCCUGCCUGCGGCAUUUGCUGGCUCCGUGCUGCGCGGUGCUUCAGGGCCCCACCCGCCAACCCGGGAGAUCAGUAAGGAUGUUCUUCAUGACAAGUUGAUGGGCUAUUGGGUGGGGCAGCUAGUUGGCAAUUUCAUGGGACUUCCUUUUGAGUUCACCUACUGGGAUGAACCUAUGCCCAUUGAGCCGCACACCUACUAUGAUGAAGCAACAGCAAAUGCGUCUGGUCUCAAUGUGAAUGGGCCUUGUGAAACUGACGGCCGUGGUUGCAUUCCUCAAAGGCUCACCGAACUGCAGGGUGCGUACACAGAUGAUGACACAGACAUUGAAUUUGUCACGCUUCAUGCUUUGAUGGAACAUGGGCUGGACUUGACAUAUGCAGAGAUCGCUGAGUAUUGGAAAACCUACAUCAACAUAAAGGUCAAUGGCUCAGACACCCUUUGGUUUGCUAAUCGAGUUGCUCGAGAAAACAUGGACACAGGAAUGUUGCCUCCAGAGACUGGCUCCAAGAAAGAAAACCAAUAUUGGUGGACAAUUGAUCCUCAGUUAGUCAAUGAGUUGUGGAGUGCCAUCUACCCAGGCAUGGUGAAGAAGGCCGUGGAGCGGGCAGAGUGGGGUGCACGGAUCACCAGCGAUUCGUGGGGGACACAUCCCACAAGGUUUUAUGCCGCCAUGUACAGUGCGGCCUUUUUCAUUACCGACGUCAGUGUCUUAUAUCGCAUCGGGCGACAGGCCGUUCCCAAAGGGAGCCCGUUUCGGCGGGCUUUGGUGAAGGUUUGGAAGUGGCACAAGCAGAGCCCAGAUGAUUGGCGGCCUGUUUGGCAAAAGAUCCGGGACAACUUCUCUUAUUAUCCCAAAGAUUGCGGUGACAUGCCCUGGCCCUGUGCCGUCUCAUCCAUAAUCAAUGGAGUGCUCGGGGCUAUGGCAUUUCUGUAUGGGGAGGGCGACUUCAAGCGCACCGUGGGCAUUGCCAUCGCUGCAGGCUUUGACUGCGACAAUCAAGCAGCAACCCUGGCAGGGCUGCUGGGUGUGAUGCACGGCGAGAGCGCGAUACCCCAGGAUCUCACGCGCACCAUCGCGGGCAACGAUUGGACCGAGGCCUUCAAUGAUCAGUAUGUGAAUGAACGCCGGCCACCGCUGCCCAGAGAUCAAACCAACUCGGGGAUUGUCGCAAACAUCAUGUUGCUGACACAACGUGCAAUUGUAGCGGAAGGGGGGCGAGACUUGGGAGACAAACUUGACGUGGUGGUGUCACACCAAGUAGCCUCACACUCCUAA